AUGGAGACUUCAAAACGCAAACAUGAGUGUUUAGAUGUUCUGGGUGAAGGAGCCUUCGGCGUGGUGCUUCGGGCUAUGUACGGUGGGCAAGAUGCUGUGGUUAAGAUUCCUCGGCUUGGCGCCGUUCAUGCCCACUACUUCCGUCACGAAGCGCAGGUGCUGCAUCACCUUGAUGGGGCAGGCGGGACGCCGCGCCUGCUUCACCUCGGCCCACCUGAGGAUCCGAAGAUCGUCAUGACUUAUAGUGGUUCGACGACCUUUCAGGAUCUGCUGGACGAUGAGGUGUUGGAUGGGCAAGGCGUUGUGCAGGUAUUUCACAGUGCUGCCUUAAAGUUGCAGGAGGUGCACGCCAAGGGUGUUGUGCACAAUGACCUGAAGGAAGACAAUGUGAUGGUGGAUGCCAAACCCACCUACAAUGGCUGUUACGAGGCCAGCCUCAUUGAUUUUGGCUUGUCAAAGUUUGUUGAAGGCGUGCAGCUACGAAAGUUUAAGUUGCAGGAUCUGUACGGUGCUGAAGUGGAUGACGAGGGAGGUGAUCCCGCCAACGACGUGAUGGGCCUCGGCAACAUGUUGGAAGAAGUUUUGAACGACAUGGACUGGCCGUGGGGUGAGGAGGCCCUGCGCCGCGACCUGGCCAGUCUAGCAGCGGUCAUGACCAGUGAGUGUGGCUCUGAACGGACACAUCUAGACCAGGUCAUCCUUCGCCUGCAGGUACUCCUUAGUCACUGA